CCCGGUGCGGAGCGAGUCGAGGAGCGGUGAGUCCGGGUCGGUCGCCGCCGCCUCCGUCCCUAGGCUCAGGAUGCUGAGCCGUUUGUCAGGGCUUGCCAACACUGUCCUGCAAGAGCUGUCCGGGGAUGGAGAGGACGCCGGGUCCGCAGCAAUGCCUGCUGGGGCAGAGUCGGAAGCUAGCCAGCAGAAUGGGGAGGAGACGCCUGAGGACCUGCUGGAACGGUUGGCCCACACAGAGAGGCUGGUGGUGCAGCUGAAGAAUCUGGUGCGGGAAAAGGACGCCCAGCUUCAGCAGAAAGAUGCUUUGCUCCAGGAGGAAAGGCAGGCCGCUGAAGCCAAGCUGCUGAAGCUGAAGCUGCAGGCCAAAGCCAAGCUGGCAACUCUGAACAAGCGCAUUGAGGAGCUGACGGAACAAGGAGCAGCUGUAGCCGCAAAGGACCUGCCAGAAGAGCCGCCGCUUCCUGCUAAGGUUCAGAGCGACCAAAAGGCAUGUGACAGACAGGAGGAGAAGACAGAAGUUCUGCAAAGGCAGCUUCAGGAGCAGGAGGAAAUGGUGGAGAAGCUCCAAGGGCAGCUGGAGGCAGUUACCGGGAACCUUCACGAAGUGAAGACCCAGCUCAGCUCUCUGCAAGAGGAAAUCAAGGCUAAGGACUCCCGCUUUGAGGAGCAGGCGCUCAAGUACCAAGCCGAAUUGCACCGGUUAGCAGCCCAGUCGGCCCUGGAAGCAGAAAUGCAGCAGAAUCUCCGCCUCUUGCAGAGGAAGCUAGAGGAGCAAGAGGAAGCCUUGCUGGGGCGAACGCAAGUGGUGGAAUUGUUGCAGCAGGAAUUGAGUGGUGUUGAAGAGAAGAAGCAGGUUCUCCAGCAGAAAUUCCAGGAGGCCGAGGCGGAGCUGGAUUCCCUGCGGAACACCUUGUCCUCCGAGCGGCAGGGGUCCCAGAGCCUGGUGGGGCGGCUGGAGCUGGAGCUGGCGGAGCAGAAGCUGUCCUUCCACCGCUUGCAGGAGGACGUGCAGCAGUUCUCCGAGGAGCUGGCCCGAGCGAGAGCAGCUCAGGCGGCUGAGGGUCGCGAGAGCCGGGCCGCCCAGGAGAGACACGCGGAGGAGAUGGAGGAGAAGAGCCAGGAAAUUGCCGCCCUCCGGAGAGCGGAGCAGGAUUUGCGCUCCAGCUGCGAGGGCCUCCGAGCCCAGAACGCCCUGUUGCUGCAGGAGGCCGCGCGGUCCCCAAAGCCCCCCGCUGGGGAUGGCUCCAUGCAGCAAGGAAAGCCCCCGGCAAGCUCCAAGGAGUCUGGUUCUUCCCAGGCUGACGCUGAAGCCCUCACAGCCCAGACAGCAGGGCAGGCGGCUGCACUGAGCGAGGCAGUGGCCGAAGAGGACGCUGCAGCAGCAGCGUUGCCAGUGAGAAAUCUCCAACAGCAGGAAAAUGAGCAGCACAAGGUCCUUGCGGAGACUCUGGAAGCUGGAAACGAGACCCUUCGCUCCCAACUUGCCACGCUGGGGAAGAGGCUUGAAUUCACUGCAGGUGCCACAGAGUCAAGCCAGGUCGGCUGUUCUGAAAUGGGUGUUGAGUCGCAGCCUCAGCAGACACCAUCUGGCUUCAGUGACAGUUCGCCUGGGCCUGGCGGCUUAAUGGAGGGUCUGGAAAGCAACAGCGCAGAAGACCUGCAUUCACCAGACACACCUGCUGCCCUAACUCAGCCCAGCAAGCCCAAUGGGAGCCCUCUGGAGCCACCGCCUGCCACAGGCAACGGACAUCCCAGCAUCCUGGAGUAUCUCUCUGCGAAGAAACGCCAAGACCUCUCCGUCCUGCUGCUGGAGCUACAGGAGGCUCAGGAAGAAAUCGCAUUUCUCAAGGGCCAGCUUCCAGCCUCCGGCAGCUUCGACCCUGAUGGAGUUGAGCAGCCGAGUGGCCAGUCGCAGGCCAGCGGCGCAGAGGAAGGAGGAGACGGGCCGGUGCUUAUGCAGAGUGAUUCAAGUAGCAGCUCACUGGUGACCGUGGACAUUCAGGAGGAGUCCCCUCCUCCCCCCCUGCCAGGGGUGAUCUGGGGGCAGGGUGGCCCCUGCACAGAGGACACAGAAGCAACUCGCGAACCUUCCCCGGCCACAAGUCUCUCGGAGCCGCGAGAGCUGACAAAGUUGCAGCUUGAAAUGGCUGAGCUCCGGGCCGGCCAGCGCGAAGCACAGGAGUUGCACGAGAGGGCCUUGGAGGAGAGGGCUGCCGAAAUCGGGAGGCUGCAGCAGCUAGUGGAGGGCUCGGACCGGUCCUUGCGCAGCCUGACCGCGGAGCGGGAUCAGCUCCUGUCCCAGCGGGAGGAGCUCCGCGGCCUGGCAGAGCUGAAGCAGCGGGUAAAGCAGCUGGAGGGCGACCUCGCCGACGCGGAGAAGCGGCGCCUCUCCCACCACGAGAGUGGGAUCUCCCAGCUGGGCCUGUUGAGGGAGCAGGUCCAGAGCCUGAGCAACGAGGCCAAGUCGAAGGAGGUGAAAAUCGCGGCCCUGCAGAAGGACCUGGAUGAGGCUCAGCGCCGCCUCACGGAGCACGACCUGCUGGGGCGAAGCCUGAGCGGCCGGCUCCAGGAGGAGGAGCGUGAGCGAGAGGGGCUGGCCAGGCAGCUGCGAGAGGCUUCCGCCGGGGCCGAGGAGCUCUCCUGGAGCCUUGCCUCCAAGGAGCUGGAGGCGGCCCGGCUGGAGCAGCUCCUCGCCCAAAGCGCCACCGAGGCAGAGCGGCUGCAGCAGGAAGUGGCGGAGCGGGAGCGCCGGAUGGCGGAGCUCAACGCGGGCAUGUCCGACCGGAUGGUCCAGCUGAACGAGGAGAAGUUUGUGCUGGGCCAGGAGCUGGCGAGCUUGACGGAGCGCCUGAGUCUGCUCAUGCCAGGGAAGGAGACCAGAGACCAGGGGGUGGGGACAGGGGCGGUGCAGGAAGAGGAGGAGAAGGAGGAGGAGGAGGAGGAGCCUCCUGAGCAGCAGGCCCAGAGGGCGUCGCCAGCCGGGGAGGAGGGGGCGGCGUUGAGGAAGGAGAACGAGCGGCUGAGGAAGAAGCUGCAAGCGGCUCUGGUCAGCCGGAAGGAGCUCCAGGGCAAGGUCCGCAAGCUGGAAGCCGGGAGGGAGCAGCCCGCGAAGCCUGGGGCCACUGCUCUGGAGGCCCAGCAGAAUGCAGCGGGGGGAGCAGCAGGAGAAGCAGCAGCCCCGGAGAGCAGCAGGGAAGCAGGGGGCGACGUGUUCUCUGCCAAGGAGGCUGAGCUGCUGACCGUCCUUGGGGAAAAGGAGUCCGCCGUGGCGGCGCUGCAAGCCGUGAUUACGGAGCUGCAGCAAAGCCUGCAGGAGAAAGACCUCCUCGUCGGCGCCCUGCAGGCCGAACUCGCGGGGUCCGGUUCAGCCUCCGAGAAGCCGGCCCCGGUGGAUCAGAGCUUGGCGGUGUCUGGGGCGGCUGUUCCCCUGGCGCAGGGGGGGAGUGCCGGUGGCGCUGAGCCCUGUCUGGAAGAGGGACAGAGGGCUGCCCUGGCGGAGAAGCUCUGUGCUGUGGAGCAGGAGAGGGAUCAGCUCCAGAAGAAGCUCCGGGAAGCGCUGGCCUCCCGCAAGGACACCGUCAAGAAGGCCCAGGAGAAGGACCGCCUCCACCGAGAGCAGCUGAAGCAGCGGAAGGAGGACUACGGCCUCCUGCAAGAGCAGUUUGAGCAGCAAAGCCGGGAGAAGGAGAGCCUGCAGGGUCAGCUCCAGGCCCUGAACCAGGCUCUGGAGGGCGCCUCUCUUCCCAAGCCUGCCGAGGAGGUGCCUCCAGAAGAGCCGGCGUCGGGGGCCGUGCAGGAGUCCGGCGGAGCGGCUCCAGUGGGCAGCGCUGCGUCCGGCGGGGGCUUCCUGGCAGCUGAGGACGUUGCUGCGGAACGGCUCCGGGGAGACCUCGAGGAACUCCAGGCGGAGAAAGGGGAGCUGGCCGCCCGGGUCAGCCAUCUGGAAAGAGCGCUCGGAAGUGAGUCUGAGGUGACGGGGCAGCUCCGGGAACAGGUCCGGCAGCUGCUUGCUGAGCUGGAGGCGCUGAAGGCCGCCUGCGGUCAGGCUGAAGCCGGUGCGGUCAGCCUUCGGCUGGAGCUGGAGGAGAGCCGAGCGGCGGUCGCCCGGCAGGAGGGCCUGAGACUCCAGCAGACGAACCUCGAGGAGCAGCGGGGACUUGCCAGCAAGGAGGAAAUUGGCGGCCUCAACUCCCAGCUCGCAGAGAAAGAGGAGUCUCUGCGGAGCCUCCAGGCAGAGCUGCGGGACAGAGAGGGUCGGAUCGAAGCCUUGCAAAGUCAGCUGGCGGCCCAGAGCAAGGAGCAGGCCCAGCGCCUGCAAGCCGAAGCCCAGCAGAAAUCGGCCGAAGACGCUGCGGAAGGGCAGUCCAGGGCCCAGCUGCAGCGGAAGCUGCAGGCUGCGCUCAUCUCCCGGAAGGACGCGCUGAGGGAGAGCAAGCUGCUGAAGGAAGAGCUGGCCGGCGCCAGGGCUGCCCUGGAGAGCGCGUCGCUGCGCCUGUCGGACGCCGAGAGCCGGGCCUCCGAGCUGGGGCAGGAGAAGGAGGCGCUUCUGGAGAAGAUGGCGGCCCUCGGAGAGGAGCGGGAGAAGCUGAUUGCGGAAGUGGACAAAGCCUUGGUGGAAAACCAGAACGUGUCCGGCUCCUGCGAGAGCCUGAAGUUGGCCCUGGAGGGGGUGGCCCGGGAGAAGGCCCGGCUGGAGGACCAGGUGGGCGCUCUGCACCAGGCCCAGGCCCAGGCGCUCUCGGAACGGCAGGAGAAGCACCAGGAGCUGCAGCGGGAGUACGAGACCCUCCUGCAGUCCUACGAGAACGUCAGCGGCGAGGCUGAGAGGAUCCGGCGGGUGGCCGAGGGCGUCCGGCAGGAGAAGCAGGAGCUCUUCCUCCGGCUGAAAGGCACCGAGGCCGAGAAGAGGGAGGCGGAGGCCCGCCUGCAGGGGGCCGAGCAGGAGAUGGACGGGAUGAGGGAGAAGAUGCGGAAGCUGGCAAAGUCCAAGCAGCAGAAGAUCCUGGAACUGGAGGAGGAGAACGAGCAGCUGAGGGCAGAGGCUGCUCCCGCGGGCGGCGGCCUGCCGGGAGGGGCGGAAGAGGCGAGUGCCUCUCUCGGGGCAGAGCUGGAGCGCUCCCGGCAGGACUGUGAGGUCCUCUCCGCUCAGCUGGAAGUGCUGAUGGCCGAGAAGGACUCUCUGAACCAGCAAAUCCAAGACUUGAAGAAGACCUUGCAAAGUGAGGAGGUGGCGGCGGUGGCCGCAGGCGAGGCCAUUGGGUCUACCAGGGUCGAGGCCCCAGUGGCAGCCGAUGCUCAGGCGAGUCCAGGCCCAGCUCCGGACCCUCCGGUGCCCACCGCGGCGAGCCUGCGUUCCGGGGGGCAAGAAGCCCACCAGGGCGGCCCGCCACACGCCGAAAUAAGCCGGGACCUUCAGCAGGUCGCCCAGCUGACGGAGCAGGUUGCAGACCUGGAGGAGAAGAGCCGGGUGGCGGCGGAGGAGCUGGGCAAGGUGCUGAGGGAUUUGGAGACCCUGGGAGAGGAGAAGAAAGGCCUGGAGGGCCUGCUGGUGGCUCGAGGGCAGGAGCUGGAAGCCCUGCGGGAGAAAGUGGCCAGGGUGGAGCAAGCCGGCCAGAAAACGGAGGAGCAGCUUGCCGGAGCAGUGAGGCUGAAAGAAGCCCUGGCAGCCGAGAAGGAUGACCUGGAGGAGAGGCUCAUGAACCAGCUGGCGGAGCUGAACGGCAGCAUUGGGAACUACCAGCAAGACGUGGCGGCGCUGCAGAGCCAGAACCAGCAGCUCCUCGGCGAGGCGGAGGGCCUUCAGGGGGCCCUGAGCCGCCUGGAGGAGGAGAAGCGGCGCCUGCUGAGGGAGAAAGGGGAGAUGGCCGCCGAGAAGAAGGAGCACGUGGAAAAGCUGAAGAGCGCCUGGAAGGGGGGCAGCAGCCGGACGCAGGCCAAGGAGCUCCAGGAGCUGCUGAAGGAGAAGCAGCAAGAGGUGAGGCAGCUGCAGAAGGACUGCAUCAAGAGCCAGGAGAAGAUCAGCAGCUUGGAGCGGACCGUCAAGGCCCUGGAGUUCGUCCAGAGCGAGUCCCGGAAGGAGCUGGAGGCCGCGAAGCAGAGCGUGGCCAAGGCAGGAGCCGACACCCAGAAGGCCCAGGCGGAGCUGGCGUCCUGCCGCGUCUUGCUGGACGACACUCAGAGCGAGGCGGCCCGCGUCUUGGCCGAGAGCCUGAAGGUGAAAGAGGAGCUCCAGGCGAGCAAGGCGCAGGCCAAGGCCCAGCUGAGGCAACAGGAGACGGAGCUGGAGUGGCGCCUGGGAGCCGAGAAGGACAAGCACUCGAAGGAGGUUGGGAACAUGGAGGAGCGGCUGGAGGCCUUGCAGAGAGAGCGGGGGCGGGCGGAGGGGGCGGCCCGGGAUCUGCAGGAGGCCCUGCGCCGGAAGGACCAGGAAGCCAAGCAGCUCCAAGGCAGCCUGAACCGCACGCUGGCCCAGCUGGCCGCCUUCACCAGGAGCAUGUCCUCCCUGCAAGACGACCGGGACCGUGUGAUCGACGAGUCCAGGCAGUGGGAGAAGAAGUUCAGCGAGGCCAUAGAGAAGAAGGAGCAGGAGGUGCGCGCCCAGGAGCAGGCCUGCGCCGGCUUGGAGGAGCAGGCCAAGCUGACGGCUGCCCAGGUGGAAGACCUGCAGAGUCGCUUGGCCAGCCUGGAACACAACAAACUGGCCCAGGAGUCCAGUGCCCAGAAGGAGCUUCAGCGUCACCAAGAAGAAGCCAACAUGCUCCAGGAGGAGAAAAGGAGCCUUGCCUUCCAGCUUGAGGAGGCCCAGCAACGGUUGAGCAGCUCCCAGAACCUGGUCCAGAAGCAAGAGGCAGAACUUCAGAAUCUGGGAGUGCAGCUUGCUGAUCUGCAAGACUCCUUUGCAAAGGUUGAGGAGGCCCGGAAUGAAAUGGAGAAGACAGCAAAAACUCAAGAGGCCAAUCUCCAGGAAUGCAGAUUCAGCCUGGAACAGCUGGAGGCCGACCUGCAGGCUUCCAAGGAGCUGACAGACAGGCUUCACGAAGAGAUGAGCAGCAAGGACCAGAAGAUCAUUGACCUUGUGGCCAGCAAGGAGGAGACCAUGGCUGCAGCUGUGUCGGAGUUGCAACAGCGGCAUAAGGAGGAGCUGAAAGAACUGGAGAACAGGAUGGACACGGUGGGAGAGGAGAGGAUGGCCCUGGAAAUAGAGAAGAGCAAAGCUCUGGAGAAGGUCGGCCGGCUCAUGGGGAAGCUGAAGAGCGCCCGGGAGGAGAGCAGGCAGCACAAGGCCCAGCUGGAUUCCUUCACCAAGUCCAUGUCUUCCUUGCAGGACGACCGGGACCGCGUCUUGGCAGACUAUCGCCAGCUGGAGCAGCGUCACCUGGCAGCCAUCUUGGGGAAAGACCAGCUGAUCCAGGAAGCCGCUGCGGAGAACAACGCCUUGAAGGAGGAGCUCCGGGGCCUCCACGGCCGUAUGGACGACCUGCACGCCGAGAACGCGAAGCUGAAGGCCGAGCUGGUGCGCUACCGCGAGGAUCUCAACCAGCUCAUCACCAUCAAGGACGGCCAGCAGAAACAGCUGCUCCAGACCCAGCUGGAGCGCAUCCAGGCCCUGGAGAAGGAGAAGGCGGGCGUGGAGGGCCAGCUGAGGGAGUCCGAGUGUGCCUCGGCCACGCUGCGGCAGUCCGGAGAGGCCCUGCUGCUGGAGAAGCACAGUAUGGGGCAGGAGGUGGAGGCCCUCCAGGCCUCCCUCUCCCGGCUGCAAAGCGAGAUGGCCGCGCUGCACGAGGGCGGGCCCAUGCUGGAGCUGCAGGCGCAGCUGCAGGGCAAGGUGGAAGAAGGGCAGGAGCUGAGCGGCCGGCUCUCCCUUGCACAGCAGCGGGUGGCAGAGCUCGAGGAGGAGCUGGCCCUCGUUCGGCAGAGCACGGCCCAGAAGAUGCACGAGGCGGAAGCCCAGAUGAAGAAGGAGCUGAAGAGCCUGCAUCACGACGCCGGGCUCAUGCGCAACGAGACCGAGACGGCUGAAGAGCGCGUGGCGGAGCUGGCCAAGGACCUGCUGGAGAUGGAGCAGAAGCUUCUCGCUGCCACGGAGGAGAACCAGGACCUGAAGGCCCAAAUCCAGUCCUUCAGGAAGGCCAUGAGCUCCCUCCAAGACAGCUGGGACCAGUCGAACGAAGCGCUGCGUGCCACGGAGAAGAAAUACGCCGUGGACUUGGGAGAGCAGCGGCUGCUGGUUCAGGAUCUCCGCCAGGGGGAGCUUCGGUGGCAGGAGGAGCAGCUGACUCUCGCCAAGCAGAGGGACGCUCUGGCCUCUGAGCUGGCCGCCCUUCGGGGCGCAGUGGAGGAGAAGGGCCUUUUGGCCCGGCUGGAGAAACUCGGCCGGCAGCUUCAGGCCAAAGAUGUGGAGCUCGCCCGCCUGACCUCUGAGCUGGAGGGGGCCUCCGGCCAGGUGAAGUCCUUCGCCAAGGCCAUGGCGAGCCUGCAGGGCGAGCGAGACCGUCUGCUGAGCGAGCUGGACAACGCCCGGAAAGCGGAGGAGGUGAAGCUGCAGUCGGCAGCCCAGCCUCCCGCCGGCCUUGACGAAGUGCCCAGCCUCAAGAAGGCCUUGUCCUCCCUGCAGAACGACAGGGACCGGCUGCUGGUGGAGCUGAAGAACCUACAGCAGCAGUACAUACAGGUUGGGGUGGACACGGCUGAGAUCACGCGCCUGAAAGCCCAGCUGCAGGAGCAGAAGCAGGAGGCCGAACAACAGCGGCACCUCCAGGAGCAGCUGAAGCAGGAGAGCACCUCCUGGCAGCGUGAGCUUCAGCAGCUCAGGGAGGCAAAGGCAGCCUGGGAGCUGGAGGCCUCGGCGGCCAAAGAGCAGCAGCGGGGCCACCUCCAGAGAGCCGGUGCGCAGGUUGUGGAGGAGGAGCAGCACCAGAGGCAGGCUGCUCCCGAGGUCCCUCCUUCCAGCAAAGCACAGAAGGGCGAAGCGUCUGGCUACGAGGCCACCGAUCUCCAGGGCCAGCUGAGGAGCAGCCUGAAGGAGCUGCACCAGAAGGAGGUGCGCAUCCAGCAGCUCAAUGGCAAGCUCUCUCAGGUCUUUGAAGAGAAGAACGCCCUCUCCCUCCAGCUCAGAGGAAGCAGCCGCAGCCUGCGUGAGACCCACCAGUGCUACACCGAGGCCCUGGCUCGCUGCGAGGCCCUUGAGAAGCAGCUGCAGGCGUUGCCGUCGCCCAGGAAGGACAGAGGCUCCCUCCCAACAGAUGCUGCUCCUGGAGCCCCCCAGGAAAGAAGCGAGCACUCCCGGGAGAGCUACACCCCAGAGCUACAAGAACUGCAGAUGAGGCUCUCGGACGCCAAGCAGGAGCAGAGCAGUGCAAAGCAGGGCCUGCUGCGGUUGGAGGAGAUGCUGCAGGAGGAGCAGGACCGGCGCCUGGCAGCCGAGGAGGCCUUCUCUGCAGCCCAGGAGCACAUCCGCAGGCUGGAGUCGAAUGAGUGGGCGCAACCGCUGGAUACCAGCAUCGAGAUGCCCUCCAGCCCGGAGCAUGCGCUGCUGGGGGGUCCCCCGGACGGCUCCUUCAGCAAGGCUCGAGGGGGCUCAGGGCUGCGGCGCGCCCUUCGCUCGCUCUUCUGUGCCCGGCGACGCCUGCCCCUCCUUGUGACCGCCUACCUCCUCACGGUCCACGUGUUGCUGCUCCUCUGCUUCACAGGCCACUUGUGAGAGCCGCCCCCGGGGGCUGCCCUACCCAGACGGGCACGGGGGAGUCUUUGGGCUAUUGUAGCCCCUGGGCCCGGCGAGUCUCGCUGCGCUGUGGACGGAUGAGGAAGCCCUGGGGUGCAGCUGCAGCGGGGGAUCAUCCAGCCCCCUGUGCAGGCCGCCUGUUGACCAGCGGGCCCCUCAGGACGCCGCCAGCCAGCGGGAGGCAGGGCCAGGGUCCGGCUUCGUUCGCGUCCGUAACACCCUGUUGGUUUUGUUUGUGUUCUUUUAGCGUUGGGGUUUUGACGAUUCGCUUCGCACACUGAGUCGGGGCGGGGUUGAUUUGGGCUGCGUCGGUUGCCCUCCGCCUGCAGACCAAGGGCUACACCUGUGCCGGGGCGCACCUGCUCUCGGCGCCUCAGCGGGGGUUUCCCACACGGCUCUGGGAAGGGACCAAGUUCACUCGAUUAACUUCUAGCUUAUUGUAAGGACCUUCCGCUCUGCACCUGCUGUUUGUGCUCUACGACCCAAAGGGUUGGAGAGGUUGCACUUAAAGGGAUGGACACCUCAGGCACAAACCGCCCCCGGCACCCCCUCCCUGGACAAGGGGCAGGAGGAGAGGGGGGUGUUGGCCCAGUCUCGGGAAUGACAAAGGCGGGGGCGGAAGGAAGGGGACUGCCAGGGGCUGUGGAUCCUAUUUCUGGCACUGAACAGAGGAGAGGAAAUGGGUGGGGGAGCACAGUACUAAAGCCCCGAUCCGGCAUCCCUUUACAGAGGGCUGGGUGCACCGCGGAAGGCAAGUGGCACUCUCCUCAGUUCCCAGCCUCCUCCAUGCACAACCAGUGGGGAGGAAUUAUUCUUCCCUUGCAGUUUGGGAGGCUGCAGGGUAGCCUAGGAGAGCCCCCCGCGGGGAGGCCUCCUUUUCUCCACCGGUGGCCUUUGCGCCCCCAGCCUCGGCCCUGCCAGCCGCUCUUUGGCGUGUCCUUGAAGUGGUGCGUGGGGCUUUCCUUUCGCCUUCCAAAUCCCGUCUUCUGAUCCUCUGAACUCCCACCCUUGUGCAAUAAAAGAUGAUUAUUUUUCCGAG